UUAAGUUUGCCAAUGAAAUAAGUCUUUUAUUAUUGUUUGGAAGUGAUUUUUCAUCAAAUUUUCACGAAUUCAACAUGGUUCGUAAAUACAUCCGUAAAACGUUGUCCACAUAUUCUAAGGAAGCACUGAAUGACGCUGCAACUGCCGUGCGGGACCACCGAAUGUCACUAGCAGAAUCGGCUCGUUUCUACAACAUACCCAAACCUACUUUGUUCCGGCACAUCAAAGGGCUGAGCGGAAUUAAAAGCAGCUCCAGAGGCAGAUCUACUGCCAUUCCCUUCGAAGUGGAAGCAAGGAUGGCAUCUUGUAUCAAGACUAUGGAGAAGUGGGGAUACGGUCUUAGCAAAAAGGAAAUAAUUUUUGAUAUGGCUCAGUUUUUGAAGAAAAACUCUAUCAAGACGCCUUUCAAGGACGACAUUCCAGGUGACGACUACUUUCUGAAUUUCAAACGACGGCACGGACUAUCCCACAAAAAGCCACAGUCGGUCGAAGUUGCCAGGAAACGAGCUGCUGACCCGUUCGUGAUCUCCGAAUAUUUUCAGCUACUCAAAGAGGUUACCCGUAACGUUCCUCCAGAGAGAAUCUACAAUAUCGACGAAACAAGCUUUUGUUUGGAUCCAAGUCGCAUCAAAGUGGUCGGUGCCAAGGGAAGGGCUGCUCACAGGCUGACUGCAGGCCCCGGAAGGGAAAACUACACUGUUCUCAUGGGAGGAAAUGCGUUCGGAGACAAGCUUGGUCCACUUAUCAUCUUCCGAGGCAAAAAUCUAUGGGACAGCUGGAUGGCUAAGGAAAAAGAUGAAUUCUCUGGCAUGACGUAUGCUGCUACUGAAAACGAGACCACAUUUGAGCCAGCAGCUUUGCAAAGGUUCAAGGAUUUCCAACAACGACCAGCAUCGCCAACCAUAUCGGAACCAAAUACUCCGGAGUUUCCUCCACCGCAAGUAUUGAAUGAAUCAACAUCCGGGGUCAGCAAACAACCGGAAAUCGCAAACCAGAGCUCAUUUUCUGAAAAUUCGUUUGAAGCCAUGCUGCUGGAUCAUGUUAAGCAAGAUCCUGUUCUCGGAAAAUCUAAAAGGCGUCGAGUGUGCACUGGAGCGGAGGUCAUUACAUCACCAGAAGUCGUAGACCGACUGAUUAAGAAUGAGGAAGAAAAAGCUAAGAAAAAGGACAGGAAGAAAAAACCAGCGACACAGAAGGACAAGGAGAAGAAACCGCAGGAAAACAAAGCAAGAAAGAAGUUUAACAUGAAGAAACCACAGAAAGACAAAGUGAAGAAAUGA